AUGGGAAGUGUCAAACAAGCGGAGAAACACAUGGAUACAUGUACCGACCUCCUUGUAAAACGAUUCGGAGAAGUCGCGGAUCAACAGGCCACGGUGGACCUCUACAAAUGGUCGCGAAUGUACGCAUAUGAUGUAAUUGGCGAAUUGUAUUUUGGCAAAAUGUUUGGAUUUCUUGAGUCCCAGAGCGAUCACUUGGGAUACUUGUCUUCCACGGAUGCCUUGAUUCCUGUCAUGACACUGUCUGCCGUUAUGCCAACAUACAUUCGCCCCUUCUUCAUGCUCAGUGGCCUUUUCUUUCCUAGAAUGAGGGCUUCCCUUAAUGCUUUGAAAAACCUGACAAAGGCUGCCGACGCUGCGGUCGAAGACCGUCUAAGGCAGUCCGAGGAAGUCGACAAUGUAUCAAAACGCCACGAUGUGCUCAGUAAAGUACUGAAGAUUCACCGCGAAGAGGGUCAGAGAAUAGACUUCGAUAUCGAUGACGUUAAGCUGGAGGCAUAUGGUGCUUUCUUUGCAGGAAGUGACACGACGUCCAUUGCCUUGACCGGCGUCCUGUAUCAUAUACUAAGAAACGACUCUGUCCUCGACGUUCUUCGCCGGGAGAUUGAUCGUGCCACAAAUAACGGUGAGCUCGGCUUCCCACGCGUCUCCUAUGACGAAGCGGUCAAACUGCCCUACCUGGGCGCAUGUGUCAAAGAAGCGAUGCGGAUCCAUCCAAGCGUGGGUCUGACGCUCCCACGCAAUGUGCCAGAGCACGGCUGCGAGAUUGCCGGGCAUUGGAUCCCAGGGAAAACCCGUAUCGGCGUGAACCCGGCAGUCGUGCACCUGGACCGAACCGUGUUCGGCGACGACGCUCUGUGGUACCGACCGGAGAGAUGGCUCGGUUCCGGUGCUGAUGAAAUGAGUCGAUAUAUCAUUCAGUUUGGAGCAGGCUCCAGAACGUGUAUGGGAAAGCAUGUCUCACUGUGCGAAAUAUACAAGGUAAUUCCAGAGCUGAUCCGAUCGUACGACAUGGAGCUUGAUCUUGAGAAUGAAGAAAUCGAAACCACGGCAUACUGGCUCUAUAAGCCUGUGAAGGUCAAGAUUAAGGUUCGACGACGCAAGAAGGGCAAAAUGGAAUAA